UGCAACACGCGGCGCCGCGGCCGGCCCGUAUAAAAGGCGGGCUCUGGACGCUUGGGCAGACCGCGAGCGAGAGCGCCCCCGAGCAGCACCCGCGCCCUUCGCGCCUCCUCGGGAAGGACCUCAAGAGAAGGACGCUUGCAGCCCGCUCGCCGCCCCAGCCCUCGCCCUCCUGCCACCGGGCCCGCCACCCCGCCGCACGGACCGGAGCCUGUCCCGUCUCCCGGAUCCACGCACCAGACCUCGACUGCUGCGCACCCGUGUAUCGGCGUCUUUGCUUCCGCGCUCGUCCGGACUCCUGCGCGCCACAAUGAGCUCCCGCACCGCCAGGACGCUCGCCUUCGCCGUCACCCUUCUCCACUUGGCCAGGCUGGCGCUCUCCACCUGCCCUGCCGCCUGCCACUGCCCCCAGGAGGCGCCCAAGUGCGCCCCGGGAGUCGGGCUGGUCCGGGACGGCUGCGGCUGCUGUAAGGUCUGCGCCAAGCAGCUCAACGAGGACUGCAGCAAAAUGCAGCCCUGCGACCACACCAAGGGGCUGGAAUGCAAUUUCGGCGCCAGUUCCACCGCUCCGAAGGGGAUCUGCAGAGCUCAAUCAGAGGGCAGACCCUGUGAAUAUAACUCCAGAAUCUACCAGAAUGGGGAAAGUUUCCAGCCCAACUGUAAACAUCAGUGCACAUGUAUCGACGGCGCUGUGGGCUGCAUUCCUCUGUGUCCCCAAGAACUCUCUCUCCCCAACUUGGGCUGUCCCAACCCCCGGCUAGUCAAAGUUACCGGGCAGUGCUGUGAGGAGUGGGUCUGUGAUGAGGAUGGUGCCAAGGACCCCGCGGACGACCGGGAUGGCCUCCUGGGCAAGGGGCUGGCAUUUGAUGCCUCGGAGGUGGAGUUAACCAGGAACAAUGAAUUAAUUGCGGUUGGAAAAGGCGGCUCCCUGAAGCGGCUCCCAGCGUUUGGAAUGGAACCUCGAAUCCUAUACAACCCUUCUUUACGUGGCCAGAAAUGUAUCGUUCAAACAACUUCAUGGUCCCAGUGCUCCAAGACCUGUGGAACUGGUAUCUCCACACGAGUUACCAAUGACAACCUUGAAUGCCGCCUGGUGAAGGAAACCCGGAUUUGUGAAGUGCGGCCUUGUGGACAGCAGAUGUACAGCAGCCUGAAAAAGGGCAAGAAAUGCAGCAAGACCAAGAAAUCCCCCGAACCAGUCAAGUUUACUUAUGCUGGAUGUUCGAGUGUGAAGAAAUACCGGCCCAAGUAUUGCGGCUCGUGCGUGGACGGCCGCUGCUGCACGCCCCAGCAGACCAGGACUGUGAAGAUGCGCUUCCGUUGCGAAGAUGGGGAGACGUUUUCCAAGAACGUCAUGAUGAUCCAGUCCUGCAAGUGCAACUACAACUGCCCGCAUGCCAACGAGGCGGUGUUUCCCUUCUACAGGCUGUUCAAUGACAUUCACAAAUUUAGGGACUAAAUGCCACCUGGGUUUCCAGCGCGAGGGUGAACAAACGAGGGGGGAGAAGAGUGCCAGAAUCACAGAGAUAUGGGUGGGGGCGGUGGGGGUGAGGGACUCAUUGUAGAAGGGAUGCAUUGCUCAUUCUUGAGUAGUAUUAAGGUAUUUUGAAACUGCCAGGUGUGCUGGUGCAGAUGGACGGACACUAACGCAGCCACGAUGGGAGAAUACUUCGCUUCAUAAUAUUGGAGCCCACGUUACUGCUUCAUUUUGGAGCUUGUGCUGUUGAUGACGUUCUGUUUUCUGUUUGUAAAUUAUUUGGUAAGCAUAUUUUUCUCUAGGCUUUUCUUCCUUUUGGUUCUACAAUUGUUAAAAAAAAAAAAAAGAUUAGUUGAUCAGUUAAAGCCUUCAUCUUUUGAAAGAAGUAAAUGGGAGGGGGUGCCAUCCCUUCCUGAAGGGGACACUCUGUGAGUGACCGUGAGAGGCAGCUAUCUGCACUCUAAACUGCAAACAGAAAUCAGGUGUUUUAAGACUGAAUGUUUUUAUUUAUCGAAAUGUAGCUUUUGGGGAGGGAAGGGAAAUGUAAUACUGGAAUAAUUUGUAAAUGAUUUUAAUUUUAUAUUCAGUGAAAAGAAUUUAUUUAUGGAAUUAAUCAUUUAAUAAAGAAAUAUUUACCUAA